CCUCUCUACUCUCUGCAUCUGACUGCAGAGGCUGAGGCUCCGAGCUAAAACUGGACGUCAACGGUCGGACUGCCAGGCCAACAUGGAAGUGAAGGAGAUGUUCAAUCUGGCCCGGGUGCCAUCCAUUCUCAUGCUUGGUUUGAUUUAUGUGGCCUACGUGCUGGUUGGUGGUGUGAUUUUCUGGAAACUGGAAGGAGAUCUUGGAAGGAAGGAUCUCUCCCUGUUGCUCCUUAACAAACAGAGGCUGCUAAUGACGUACAGCUGCCUGAACCAAGAAGGUCUGGAGCAAGUGGCUCAGGUUGUUCAAGAGGCAUCAAAAGCUGGUCUGAGUUUGAAAGGCAACCAAACCACAGACGGCUUCUGGAAAUUCACCAGCUCGGCUGUGUUUGCUGCCACUGUGGUCACAACUAUAGGUUAUGGGAACAUGAGCCCCAGCACAACAACUGGUCAGAUCUUUUGCGUCUUCUUUGCACUCUUUGGGAUUCCUCUCAACGUAGUGGUGCUCAACAGAGUGGGCAAGUACAUGCUCACAUUGGAGAGAAAUGUCUCAGACUUCCUGGAAGGCAAAUCUGGACGAAAGGGGUGCACCCGGUUUUUUGUCCACCUGUUUUGCUACAUCUGUGGCACCGUCCUGUUCUUCAUCAUGCCCAUGCUUGUGUUCCAGCAGCAAGAGGGCUGGACCUACUCCCAGGCCAUCUACUACUGCUUCAUCACCCUCAGCACCAUUGGUUUUGGGGAUUUCGUAGCAGAUAGUAAUCCAGACAAAAACUACCCUGACUGGUACAGCGUCCUCAUGGCCUCGUGGAUAUUUUUCGGCCUGGCCUGGCUCGCCCUGCUCAUCAACCACACCAUUGACAUCCUGGAGCGGCUUAACGCCCUCCUCAAAAAAGGCUGCUGUGGUGAGAAGACUGGGAAUGAGUCUGAGAGCGCAGACAACGACAACCCUGACACUCUAAUGGAGGAUGACGACGAGAUCAAGAAGCCUCCGAUAACUCAGUAAUCUACAACAACAAGGUGAAGGUUUUAGUGAGUCAAUUACACGGCCAUUAGCCCUGUACUUAGGAUAUGGGAACUGGUGACAGGCCGUGAGUACAUGUGUUAUCAGGCUGUAAAUACUGUAAUUCUUCAUAAUCGCCACUUCAUUAGCGUGUGACUGAUCAAGGGUUGUAAAGUUGUGAUAAGUGGCCAGCGAGCCGAAUAAGAAAGCGACAUGUCUCAUUAUGUUCCACGGAGGAGAUACAGUUUGUGUUUGCAGUUUGCGUAGAAAGUGUCACUUUUACAAAUUUCCGGAGAUGCAGCAAAUAGUCAUACAUGAAUCUGUGUAAAAAAAAGUAAUAACCAUGUUUCACUUAGAAGUGAUCAUCCUAUUUUGUUAUUCUCUUAAAUACUUAAGGGAACCACUUUUACUGGUUUUAUCAGCAGGAAAAUAGCUACAGGAAUGCAAGCACCAGGCAGGACGAAGAAAACUUCAGUCAGUAGCAGUUCUUGUAUAAAUUCUUGUAUAAAAACUGUAAUUAGUUAUUCCCUCCUUUGCGCUCACAGGCAUGAAAGAAGAGAUAUUCAAUAUAUUCUUAAAAAUAAGGAAGAAUCUAAUUCUCUUUUUUUGUAGUUUCCAUGAAUCCAAACAUGUUUAUUUUUAUGUUUUCACUCUUUCUUUAGGUUUUUAAGAGAGUGAAAAUGUUCAAAUACAUAAAAGAGGAAAGUGUACACAAACAAAGAGCAAACUAGAAUUUCUUGAAAAUUUAGAGAUCGCGAUCUUUUUCUUUCAACAGCAUCCAUUUGUGCACUCAAUUUCUCACAUUUUUAUUGUAGGUAAAAUACUUUUUUUUUUCUUUUUUCCAUAAAGUAGAUUUCUGAUUCAUUGUUUUGGCUUUGGGGGGGCAGCUUUUAACCGUCAUUAUUUUGAAGAAAUAGAGGUCCUAUAGUUUUUAUGUCAUUGGUCUUUUUUGGGUUGUUAGGGGUUUUAAUGUUACCCUUCUGACUGGGUGUUCCUCAUCUUUUUCAAACGUGCCAUUGUUGAACAAAAACUUAAAUAACCCCAACUUGGAUCCAACAUUACAUAAAACCUAUAGGCCUUUUUCCAAACCCCCUUUUAUGUCAAAGCUUUUUGAAAAGGCUUUUGCUGCCCAACUUACAGCCAAGUGGGGAAAAAAUGUCUUUUAUGGCUGCUUUCAGACUGGUGUUCGUAAAUUUUAUUCCACGGUAACAGAACUUUUUAAAGUCACCAGUGCUAUUAUGAUAAUAAUAGAUUUUGGGGAAUACACCACCCUGGACUUGUUAGAUCUCUCCUCAGGUUUUGACACAGACUGAGGGAUCCGGUUGGGAAGUCUGGCAGGAGUUUUAGUGUGUCUGGUAACCAGAUUAUGUCUGGAUCUAAACCGAGUUUCAUGGAGUUCCUCUGGGCUACAUGCUGGGAACUGUUGCUUUUUCAUGUCAUUAAGUACCUUUGUAACGGUUCUCAUGUUGUCAUUGAUGAUGUUUUUAUACUCCUCAUUUAAUCCCUGAGUUUCAGAAAUUGUCUUCUUUAAUAAUCACUUAAACAUUAGGCAAUUGUUAAAAAAUAAAAAUAAAAAAAUUACUUCCAGCUACAACCAGGCAAAUUUGACAUUUUGUUGACCACUCCAAACGGUAAUCUGUUUUAGGACUUGCAGACACUCAGAGACUUAGGUGUUAUUUUUAAGUAGGCUUUUUACCAUUGAGCAUCAAUUAAGCAGAUGAUUAAAAACUGUUUAUUUUUUAAUAAACAGCUUUGAGGAUCUCAAAGCUUAGAAUAAUGAUGUCAACAAGUAACUUUAAGAUAAUAAUUCAUUCCUUUAUCUCAACUGGACUAUCGUAAUGUCCUUUUUACUUGCUCAGGAAGAAGGGGCUGGCUGCUCUUCAGGCUGUUCAAAACUGCAGAGAGACUAUUGUUGAGCUCAACCAAAGGAACUCAUAUAGCCUAUGUUUUAUAGUUGCUACACUGGCUGCCAGUCAGAUCAACGUUUUACUUUAAAAUGUUAUUCUUAACCUUCUGAGCUUUACACGGACAAGCUUCUUCGCCUAUUGUUGAUUUGAUUUAAAGAUAGGCCUCUCCCCAUGUUCUGGAGUUACUGAAUCAGAGCCUUUUUGUGGUCCACUGCACAUCUGCAUCAGAACUCAAGGAGACUGAUCUUUCCAAGCUGUUGACGCCCAGACUGUGGAAAUGCACUGCCUGUAUAGUUUUGGACUCUGUUGAUACCUUUAAAAACCAGCUAAAAAUGUUUUUAUUAAAAGCUUUAGUGGGUUUUUGUAAAAUGCAUUUUUGACUGUGUUGUGUUUGUCUUUGUUUUUUGGUCGGCAUUGUACGUUAUAUGUUCUUGGGCUACUCUUUUUGUAAAUCACUUUGUCUGCAUGCUCACUUUGAACUCGUGCUGUAUAAAUAAUUUUUAUUUAUUUUACUCACUUGCUUAAGUACUGGUAUUAUCCCCAGGUACCAAACAUAGAGAUCGCUGUAGACUGUACAACUUGAGCUGGAUUCACAAAACCUAAUAACAUCUUUACAAAAAGACUGAAGUUCAGGAAGUUGGAAAAUAAUAUUUAAACAGUUUAGGCCAUAUUAUAUUUUACAGUUUUCAUGCUUGUCUCAAUUCCAGGCUGUUUAGAUAGCCGUGAUACAAAAACAACAUUUUAAGUGCCCCCAGUUUGUCGUUUCACAAACAUCAAUAAAAGG